UAAAAUAAUUGUAUUGUUAAUAGCAUUCAUAAAAAAAUAAAAUAAAAAAUCUAAUUUUAAUAUGUUUGUGUAAAAAUUUACUCCAAAAAGAAAACCAGUGAGUGUGUUAAUUUUUCUUUUAUAAAAUGCCGUUUGUUCAACGUGUAGUGCAGCCGGUAAAUCUUGCACAAGUUUGUGGCUCUGCAACGGGAGGCAGUAAUAGAACCACCAAGUUCCUAUGUAUACCCGGCAAAUGCAAAAACAGCAAUUGUAUCAACAAUAAACAACUAACAGCUUCAUCGUCCAAUCCGCAAUUGAGGGAAGCAUCUCUAAAUGGUAGAGAGCAAAAAAGUAAACAAACACAGGAAAGCUCAGUAAAGGCAGAUGACUUUUUGGCUAAUUCAAGGACAUUAAACAAUAACAACAAUGUCAAGGACAGUAGUAGUUUAAAAUCACCCUCAUCGACCUCCUCCACCUCAUCCUCCUCAACAACCACAAUAACCACGGCAAUUAUACAUAAUACCAAUGGUUUGGAUUUAAACUCCACUACCACGGAUAAUACUGAUCAUUCUGUAACCAUUGCACCACAUUCUAAUGGUUUUGCUGCGAGUUUUUCCUACAGUACCGAUCAUGAAGAUGAUGGCGGUGUUAUUACACCUGUCUCACCGGCCCCUACCAUGCCUAUGAAAAAAUUGAAACAACAUGUGGAAUUUCUAUCAACCGUUCCCUCACCUACCCGUACGCAUCCUUCGCGACCCUUAACAGCUGGCGGUGGUACGGCUGCCAUACGUUCCUCGUCGUCACAUCAACGUUUACGUUCACCGCAAACACCACAAACGCCAACGUCUGCCAAAAUUGUGGCCGGCUAUGAAUUUGAUUCAAUUAGUAAUAUUACUUUAAGUAAUGCCUUAAGGCAGUUGGCCUCUUUGGUCCUGAUAGCCAGUGAUAUAUUUGAUGAUUUGCAACGUGAGCUACAAACGGUGGGCGAUAGGGCACGUGUGGUGCAGAAGAAAAUCGUUGCAGUGGAGAGGCGUGUUAGUGCGUACGAUCCUAAAACGGUCACAGUUCCGGAAAGCGACCUUUUAACAUUCGCACAACGUAAACAACAUUAUGACUGUGACAAGUCAUAUAUAAAGGAACUCUUUACUGCCGAUACCCGACCACGUAGUGUACGUGUUCUUUAUGAAGAUGCCGGUAAAGUGACACCACCUCCAUCCUCCUCUACGGCACAGUCAUCGGCGGCUGGCUCUCCCAUACAAUUUGCAUCCGGUCAUGUUUUAGGUGAUGGCAGUAGUAAUAACGAUGGCAUGCUUGAUAUGACCAAUGCUGGUGGUACAAAUCAUCAUCAUCUGGCUGCUGGCAGCGAUGAUCUGUUGUUGUGCUCAUCAGCAUUUGGUAUAAAUACGAAUCGUAUGAUGCGUACACGUAUUGAUGCUGAAAUUGAAAUAAGAUUGCCCGCCGCCAUAGAAGAUUUGCGCAAAUGGACCUCAUCUGAGGCCCUCGGUGACGUAACCGUCACACCCGAUUGUAUGCAUCAUGUUGAUACAUCGAUCAGUACAUCGGUGUGUAUUGGUGAUAAUGGCAUUCUAACACCAGCCCUUUCUCCGUCCGUUCUAUCAGCUGAUGCUGUAGAUGCAUUAUAUUCCAUUAAUGUUAGUAACACUAUAGAUAACAGUCAAAUUCCUAAUGAUAUCAAUAAAGAUGUGCCUUUAAAUCAUCGACUGCCCUCACCCGAAGAACAAUGUAAAAUAAUAGCAUUAAGAUAUCCUGCCGAAGUUAUAUCUGUUGAUACAUCUGGUAAACGUUUUCAACGUAUGUGUAUGGCCCGUAAAUCAACCACUGGUGUCUUUACCCAUAUGCCCGAUACAAACAAUCUGAAUGAAGAUGUACAAACUGUCUCAAGACGUUCUAGAUCGCGCAAAGCACGCGGCAAACGAAGAAACACUAUAGCGGGCAUAGAUCAAAAGGAAAUACAAGAUGCAGCAAAUGGCGAUUCGACGGCUACUAGUGGCGAGCUUAAAAAUGCUUUAGCUUCGACUGAAGAUGGAAAUGGGGAUCAACGCAGUCGCUUGGGAACAACAUCGAAGAAAUUUGGUCGCAGCAAGUCGAGCGAUAUAUUAAAAAAAGAAUCUGUUGCCUUGCCAUAUGAUAAGGGAAAGAAUACGUUGACCCGUCUUAAUUCACUCAAACAAUGGGGCCGCAAUCGUUUCAAGUUUAUGCAGAGAAAUAAUAAUGGUGAAUUAACGCAGCAGCAUGCUUCCACACUGUCCACCAUCGACAGCAGUGGUUGUAGUAAUGAUUUAAAUACUUCGGGCACUAGUUCGCAUAACUCUUCAACGGAGAAAGCAGAAAUAUGUUCAGCUUCGGGUUCGGCUAGUGGAUCAUCGAAUAAGACUUCGUCCACGGCCAAGAUAGGCGAGAAAUCGGGUACGGAUGUUGAUGAGGAUUGUCGGGUACAUGAUUUGAUAACACAGCGCACGAACGAAAGUCGGUUUUCGCAUGAACGAAAACCCUCGUAUUCGUCGUCCGAGAAAUCGAUGAGUGUUAGCAGUUCGGGCCACUUGAGAGGAAAACUUCACUUGAAUUCGGUAUGUGCGAAUGUAAAGCUGAGAGAUACUUCUUCUUUGAAUCGCCAGAGGCGCAUUAAUGGUUUGGGCAGCAAAGAUGACCAACCCCAUUCGAGCAGCGGCAAUUGGAGUGCCAGCUCUGAGUCCGGUCGGGCUUCGAUAGGCAGUGAGAUCACCCUACAGCCCAAAUCGAGUGCUUCAAAUACUUCUUUAAAUGUGUCCAGUUUUCAUAAUGGUUCUGCUCCACCCUCCUCCAUGUUAAGUCGCAGAAGAUUUUUCAAUACCUCCGCUUCGUCGAGUGUAACAAGUGAGGGUACCGCUACUCCAGAUUUGCAAAUAAAUGCUAACAACAUGGAGGGCACUUAUCCUAAUCACUUGGAUGAUGAGACCAGUUCGGCUUAUUCUUGCGAUACUGAAGGCUAUUACACCUCCUUCCAUAUGGAUAGUGGUCUUAGAACUCUGAAAGAAGAAGAAUUCAAUAUGAACAAUUUCCAGAUUGGCGGCCAACCCUUUAAUGCCUCCUUUGGCCAAUCGCAAUUGUCCUACAACAAUAAUUCGCAACAAACGCUAAUGGCCGAGAAUGAAUAUGAGUUAUUUGGCAGAGGUUCUACUUCAACCACCACCAGUUCGGCUGGUACAGUUUGCACUACCCUAAUGGCUCACAAUAGUGGUACUGAACAGUCCAGCCUCAACAACAGUUUGGCCAGUUGUGGUCCCGAAGUACCCGAACGUAUAAGUUCUCUUCGACAUAGUACAGCUUCAACGUCCACACUCGAGCGCAGCAUAUCCAGCAGUACUAUAGGUAGUACUUUAGAAAGAACCGGUACUAUAAAAAGAAAUGUUAAUGCUUCACUCAAGCUGAGCACUUGUUCUGACGAACAAAGUGAUAAUAUGCAAAAUAUAGAUACACCCGAAUCCCAAGAAGAAGAAUUUAAUUACAGUGAACAAAUUAAGAAGCGCCAAGCUUUACCUUUGCCCUCAGCCUCAAACGAAAUUGAAUAUUCGGAAAGUUCGGAUCUGGAGGGUGUAGAACGUAUAGAGCGCAUGAGGCAGAAAACAGCUUUGAAUGCCAAACGUAUACCCUCAAUGUGUAUAAUAACGCCCUCUACUAGCGAUGAUGAGAAUCAAGCCCAUGAGGAGCAAGAUAACGGCCUCGAUGACGAAGAAGAUGAGCUUAAUAAGACGCUAACAGAAGACAGUUUCAAAGACCUUACUGACAUUGAAGAAGAUGAAAAGCUUUCUUUACAGGAAGUCGACAAUAAUUUGAAUCAUGUGAAAGCCAAUAUGUCGCUAAUGGAUAAACUCAAGGUUGUUUUGCCCAAUAUUAAGAAAUCGCCCUCCAAAGCUUUGCCCUCCCAAGAGCUUACUGUUAUCAAUGAUGAUGAGCUUUACGAUAUGGCCGGUGAAUAUGUCUACAUUUCUGCUGAUGUUAGUAAUAAUAACAAGAAAGCUUUACAGUCUGCUCAAAAUAUGCCAAAAGCUUCUGCAAACACCGGCCUGGGUAUAUAUUACUCCAACAAUGUGUUGAAUAGACUGCCAAAACCUACAGAGUAUGUUUCAUUGAAUGAAUUGCCAAGAAACAUACAAAAAGCUUAUGCUAAGGAAUCUCAGUCAAUGAGUAGUAAAAGUGAGAAGGGUAGUUUUAAUAGAGAGACACAAUUGCAAGAACAAAGAAAUAAACAGGGCGCAGAAUCGCAAUUUGUUGAGGAAACAAAACAAAGCAAUUUGCAAACAAUGGCAAACACAACAACAACAACAAUGACGAGAGCGGCAGCAGCGUCCAUACCCAUGUAUGCUGAAAUAAAUGAAUUACGUUCAGAAAUUGCAGCAUCUGCUUCAACAAAUGCUCUCAGCUAUUUGCAAAACACACCACCAUCGUCGGCAGCCUCUUCGCCGCACGUUUCACCCCAUAAAGGAGCGAGAGUACGUUUGAAUGCACAAGGCAAACCAAUCUAUGAUUCCGAUAGUUUGAAACGACGUAAAGGCGCGCACACAACAUUCGCACCGGGUCCGUACGUUAAACGACAACAAGAGGACGCUUUAGACAACAACGACUUUAAGGAAGUUGAAAACGAAAGUAUCGAUACUACAAUACGCAAUACGACAAGUGAAAGUGUUAAUCCAGCCGCAAAAUUACUUUUACUCAAUAAGGGCAAUGCAAAUCCACGAAAAAUUGCCAAUGUCCGGCCUAUCAUAAAUAAAUCACAUCUCCAAAGACCACUGCCUUCUACACCGGUUGAACUGCAACAGCAACAAUACACUGCCAACGAAAUGUCCGGGUUUUAUAUGACUUCCCAAUAUGCGGUGUACAGUAAAGACACUGGCGGCAGCAACGCCAAUGCCAAUAAUACCAAGCAUUUAAUAGCCAAUGGCACUAAUCCCUAUUUCCAUCAACAGUCUAUGCAUUCUCCAUCAACUAAAUCGACAGCUUCAAGUACUGGUUCCACCAUAUCAUCAACGGCAUCCUCCUCAUUAUCAUCAUCCACAACAACCACUACACAAAGUGGCUCAUCCAAAGAUGACGAAGGUUAUCAACCUUUAUAUAAAACUAACGAUGAAGUGGAUUCUUAUUAUGAGACUCUUAGUCAAAAGCCUUUGGAUAAUACGGGCUUUCAGCGUAACACAGCAGUUUAUUGGACUUUGCAAAAUCGUAGGCCUGUUAAGCCACAACCCCAGUCGGCAACAAGUCGUGAUGAUUUGUAUGCUACACCCAUUAAAAGGUCCGAAAGAUUGGCUCGUGCUCAACAGCAGCAGCAGCAGCAACAACAGUUGACACAACAUCAGCAGCAGCAACAACAGCAGCAGUAUGUCAUGAUCAACAAAGCUAACUCUGCUACAUCUCUCAAUACCACAGCAAGUCUCUCGCCGGUGGUUCAACGUAAUCGUUCGACAUUUUUAUGUUCUACUCCUUUGAGAGGGGGUGUCAAUAAUAUUGAUUCUCAAUUACCAGCUGAUAAUAUUCCAGCCAAACAACCCACUUCACGUUUACGCAAUUGGGAUGAUAAUUCACCCGAGCGAUUAAAUACUUGUGCCGAUCGUAUUGGCCAAAGUAAGACCAGUCUAAUGGACUUUAAAAAAUUACUGUUGGCUAAAUCGGUUAAGACUAGCACCGUACCCAAGAAAAUAUCUGCCGUAGAAUUGUUAAAGAAAUCCAAUAGUGGCCUGCAGUCACCCACUAAAACAGCCGCUAAUAAUCCCUCAAACAGCAACAGCAGCAAUACAAACGGCUCAUCGGCUGUGCAACAAUUAAAUUCUAGCAUGAAAUUAUUAGAUUUAAGUGGUUCGCCAAAAACAUUUGCCAAUCGUAGAAUGCUAAGACAAGGACAAUUUGGUUCUCCCUCCAAGACAUUUGUGCCCAAAAUGAAAUCAUCACCAGCCAACAAUUGGCGUUCGAAUUCGGUGCAACGUACAGACAUUAUGUCCACCACCAUACCAGAGGCCAAUAGUGAAGAAGAUCAUAAUUCAGCCAAUUCUUCUCUUAACUCUUCCACAAAUUCUUCCACACCAUCGUCUCAAACCGAUAAAAAUGCUUCCCAUGAAAGUCUCGUUGAUACGGAGAGUUUAAAUUUGAAACGCAACAUUUUCUUGCAAACCGAAGAGAAUAAUUUUAUGCGCGGUGAAUUGAGAUCAAGUUUUUCUGCACGCAACAAAGCCGACAGCAAUAAAUACGUCACCGGGCCCAUGUCACCUUUGCGCAGUACAGCUCAGGUUUCACCCAUAUUAACAACAGUUUCGGCUUCUAUCUCAACUGCAAAUACUGCUACAGCAGCCGCAGCAGUGCCAACAGCAGCUGUUGCUGCUUCCAUAGCAAAUAUGCCAGCUUUAGAAACCGCAUUAUAAAUUAUACAUGAUUCGUUCGUAAAUUCGAAAUCUCUAGUAAACAGCCAGUAAACAUUUAUAGCAUUUAUAUUUGAAAAAAUUAAUAAUUGAAAAUCUCAAACAGCAAUUUGAAAAUUAAGACAAAAAUUAUAAAUUAUAGCAAAACAAUCAAAUUAUAUACACAAAACUAUAAAUUAAACAAAAAACUAGUUAGCUUUUUUCGCUUUUAAUUAAAUAUUUUAGUUUUUUAAUUAAAAAAAAAAAACUAUUAAAAAAGAAAAAUAGUAAAACAGUUUGUGGGGAAAAGCUAAAAGAAAAAGAUACUAAAUUUUGUUAAAUUUUAAAAUUUAAACACAAUUUUAUUUUUGAAAAAUAUUUUAAAAAUAAAGUUGUUUGCUUUUUAAAUGAUUGCAAUCUCUUGAUAGUUACAGUUUAAAAUAGACUUCAAAAAUAUUAUGUUUUAUUUAAAAAAAAUUAAAAUUUUAACUUUUAAAAGUUUAUAAAAUUAUAAUAUUAAUUAAAUUUUAAAAACGAAAAGCAGGUAAACUUUGCGCCAUAUUUUCUAAUAUUUAAAAUCUUAAACGAAUAUAAAUUGACAAUAUUUUUUUAAACAAAUAGUUUUGCAAAUGUAUCCUGUUUUUUCCCCUGGCAAUUAAAAUCAACAAAAUAUUAGAUAUUCCUUAUUAGGAAACCAUUUUUUUUAAUAAUACAAAUAUCAUAAUCAUAGCUUAUUUUAAUAUUAUACAAAAUAUAUUGUUUAAAAAAUUAAAUUAUUAUAAGUUGUACAUUUGUUUAAGUAUUUUUUUUUCGCAACU